AGAUUUUAUUUCCGGUUCAUCGUAUCAUUUUUCUUCCCUUAAAGUGAAAAAAAUCCAGGUCUUCAAAAUGCCGAAGGACGAGUUCGAAGGGAUCGAAGUCGACAUGGAUCGCGAACAGCUGCUCAUGUUGAAGAAAUGUUUCGAUACCUUCGACCGGGAAAAGAAGGGUUACAUUUCUUCAGAAAUGGUCGGGAACAUUCUUGGAAUGAUGGGGCUUCAGUUUUCACACAAGGAACUGCGUGGCAUCAUUUCGGAAAUCGACGUUGACGGUGAGAAGGAAAAAUCAAUCAUUUCCCUUCCCCAUUUUUUUCUCCCAAAACUUGAUUUUUAAAAACAGA